CCACGGUUAUCUGAAGAUGAAUAUCUGACUUGCUGCUCCCCAGGCUACGCUACAAUCUUCCAGCAUCGUGCCGACUUCGUGGCGUAACCUUUAAAAUCAAUUUAAUGCCACAAUGGGCCCUCUUUCAUAUUACAAACUCCCUCGACAAGUCCGUGCUGCAUUUGUUGCCGCAUUAGCCCAAAGGACUCACCAUACUCUUCUCGCAUUUCACUGCGCCCGUGUAUUUCAGAAUCAUCACGCAUCCAAGGCCUGCAAUUUCAAAAGACCAUGUCUCCCAAAAGAAAGCCAUUGCGGACUUUCUGCGCUGAGUACCUUGCUGCAUCACUACGAUCACCCCUAAUUACCCUCACUGUGCAUUCCGGAUACGUAUGAUCAGGCCAGUGAAGGUAAAACCUCCCGGCCCCUCUACCCU